UUGGUUGCAUCAAGGACAUAUACAAAGAGCAACUUGUUUUUGCUUCGCUAGCCAGUUAGCUGUAUUAUAGUUAAGGUUGAGCAAUUUUAUCGAUUCUGUGAUAUAAAUCGAUAUUUUUUUCCCUAAGAAAGUAUCGAUUUUUAAACCGCGAGUAUCGAUACAUAAGUCCCAUUCAAAUCCCCCAUGUUUACCCCCGUUCACGUUGCAGGAAGAGCGAUUUGGUCAGCCAGCCGCUAGUGUCGCUGUAGAGCAAGUUACCUGUACUAAUAACUUUAUACAGACGCCGACGUCUACGUCUUCCUGUUUACGCAGUCAGAGCGAGGAGAUUCAAGAAAAUGGCGGCGAAUAUAAAUCCAGCACCUUCAUGCUUAAAAGCAGAUGUGUGGGAGCACUUUGGAUUUAAAAAGAAGAAAGAAAGCGACGAUUUAGACAAAAGCAUCACGGUUUGCAAGCUGUGUGACACGAACGUGAAAUACUCUGGAAAUACCACCAACCUACGAGCCCACCUAAAACGUCACCACCCGAACAAGGUAAUGCUAACGGAGGACCCCAAGAAGCUGCGGCCGCGUGACCCAAAACAAACCACGCUGGACAUCGAUGGUGGUUGUUCCCACAAGUUUCCAUCUGCUUCGCCAAGGUCACAGAAAAUCACAGAGUCUAUCGCCUACUUUAUUUGUCAGGAUUUGAGACCGUAUUAGGUGGUGGAAAACGCCGGCUUUAGGCGCAUGGUGAAUGCGAUGGAGCCCCGCUAUCCUAUUCCAACCCGCGAACACCUCACCAAGGUUUGUAUUCCCAGGCUGUACGCUCAGACAAGGGCACACGUCAAAGCCUCCCUGGCCAGCGCAGAGAGAGUUGCCCUGACGUGCAACGGCUGGACCUCGCGCACAACUGAAGCAUAUGUCACCAUCACGGCUCACUUUAUCAACAAGGAAUGGGAGCUUGUUACGCAUGUUUUUACAAACCAGGGACAUGCCCGAGAGUCACACCGGACACAACCUGGCAGAACAUCUCAAAACGGCCCUCGCUGAGCGGGGAAUCACAGAAAAGGAUCCAGUAAUCGUCACUGACAAUGCGUCAAAUAUGACAAUCGCAGCUGAGAAGGCAGCAUUCACACUUCAUGUCAAAUGCUAUGCUCACACACUAAAUCUAGCUGCUGACGGAUGUGGUUACCAGGUUAGUGUGUGGAUACUUUUCAAUAGUAUAUUUUGUUUUUUAUUAUUAAUUUGUUUUGCCAUUUAUGUAAAGCAGCAUUCUGUGCAUCCAUGCUGUGAAGUGCGCUAUAGGUCUAUAAAUAAAGUAUAUUUUUCUUUUAUUUAACUACAGGUGGAAUAGUGCACAUGACAUGUUAGAAAGAUUCCUAGAGCAACAACCGGCCAUCUGCGCAGCCCUGCUCUCCAGUGAAGUCAGGAAGACCGAGAAGGAUCUGUGCACACUGACUGAGUCAGACGUGACAACAGCGGAAGAAGUAGUCAGCGCGCUGAAGCCAAUGAAGGAGGCUACACAGUACAUGUCCAAGGAGAAGACCCCCACACUGUCAGUCAUCGCACCCCUCCAGGACACACUGAUCAACGGACUGAAACCGAUCGAAGGUGAAUCUGCAGUCAUAAAAGAGAUGAAGGCUGCCAUGGCUGGGGAUCUUCAGAAGAGGUACACUGACCUCAAGGCAACUCUCCAUGCAUGUUCAGCGAUGGAUCCAAGAUUCAAAAGUCUUCCCUUCCUGACUGAAAAUGAAAGAGAGGAAGUUUAUGAUGGACUGAUUGUAGAGGCUGCAAGACUGAGCAUGCAGCCAUCAGAGUCACUUUGGAGUGUGGAUGAAGAGUGGACAGCAAAUGCUUGUGCUGAUGAUGAGGGGAUGGCAUCUAAAGAAGAAGAAGAAGCUGUAGAUGAAGGAGAGCAAUUCAUGGAAGAAGAAAGCAAUCAAGGUCAGCGUCUUCCACCCAGGAAUCCAAGGCCGUCUUGUCCACUGGCUGCCCUUCUUGGUGAACGAUACGGUGGUGGUGCAGCAUGACCCAAGACAAAUACCCAAGAGGAUGAGGCCAAGGAGCAGAUGACCCGCUACAAGGAGGCAGAUCUCCUGGAAGUGAAAGAUGAUCCACUGGUCUGGUGGAAGGAGCACCAGUAUCAGUAUCCACUCUUGUCACAACUUGCUAAAAGGUACCUCUGUAUCCCUGGCACUAGCGUUUCAUCAGAAAGGGUCUUUUCCACCGCCGGAGACAUCAUCACUGCUCAGAGAAGUUCACUUCUCCCAGAGCAUGUUGAUCAGAUUCUAUUCCUGAACAAAAAUCUGAAGACAAUGUAGAUCACUUGGUCUGCAGUUAUGUGGAGAGGAGAUUUUCUGUUUACUAGUGUUCACUUAAGUCCUUAAGAUACUCUGCUAAGAUGGGUACAAUUUUAAGUUGGCUUAAAUGUUGCUCCUGUGGAUUUGAAUUAUUGGCUGCCAUGGUUUAUUUUUCUUUUCUGUGGCUAGACUGGCUACCUCACAUACUUGUAGGCCUACAGGCCUUAAACUGCUCGGCUAAGAGGGGUACGUUUUAAGUUAAAUGUUGUUCUUAGUGACUUGUAGUAGUGGAUGGUACAGAAGCCAUGGUACUAUGCUUACUUACCUGGUGGCUAGACUGGCUACAUCAUAUGUUCAGUGUCAAGCUAAAAAGCUGUCAAAGAAACUGUUCAGAACAGGCCACUUGCUGCACUUUUGAAAACUCCAUUGUUAAUUGCAAUACUGCACUUUAUUUACUUUUCAAAUGCUUGUAAGCUACAGUUUGCACUCUUUCAAUAAAUGGAAAUAAUUUUCUCAACACAUCUUUGAUUCAUUUUGUCCAGCACUUGCACAUA